ACAGUGCCUGGCCCUCAGUAACAGGAACCUGCAGACUAGAAGGAAGAAGGGGUGGGUGGCCUCCCAAUCUGUUUUCAUCCCCCAAGGCAAGAGAUGGUAUAUGCUUUGAAAAGGCAGCCCCCUGAGCUCUUGACCCUUUGCUCCUGGACCCUCUCACCUCACUCCAUGUCCUCAGCAAGGUUCCUUGGAUGAUGGCACACUGAGAAGCAUCCCAUGGCAUCCCAUGACAAAGAUGUGGAGCCCUUACUGCCCAAUCCCUGGGACGCCAUCCUUGAGGCCGUCAAGGAGCAGCUCCCAUCUCUGGACUCAGAUUCCUCCUCGUCAAACUGCGAGGAAGAGGAGCUGUUCAUCUUCCAGCGAAAUCAAACCUCCCUGAUUCCAGACUUGUCAGAAGAACUGGCCGAAGACCCUGACGGGGCCUGGGUCACUUCCUCUGGGUCUCCUCCUGAGCCAGCUGUAGUGCCUGUGGAAUCCGCCGGGGAACCCUGGGGAGAGUGGAACGCUGGGCCCCAGGCCCAGGAGUCAGUCUCUCUGCAAGGAAGGGCCCCUGGCAGGCCUUUGCAGAGCUGUGAUGAGAGCAGCUCUCUUCUCAGGAUGCCUGUGGAGACCCCCACGUGGCAGGAUGACGAUGGGGACACAGCCUUCAACACCAGUACAUCACAGAGUCCUUGCCAGGGGCCACAGGGAGAGGCCACUCUCUCCCCUCAGGAAGCAGGCCUGCAGACAGAGCCCCCAGGCACUGCCUCAUGGGCCCAGGAGGGCUCAGACUCUGCAAACCGCAGAGCCCUCCGGAGGGAGAGAAGGAAGAUGAUCGAGAAAGACAUACUUCACAAAGUCACCUGGGAUGCCCAGGACCCAGCCUGCCAAGACCUGAGUGGAGUGAAGGAGAUGCCCUGUGAUGCUGCGGAAACACUGCCACAGGGGCCCCAGCGGGGACCGCCCUUGCUCUCCCUCCAGCAACUUGAAGAGUGGGAUUUGGAUCAAGUCCUUCAGAGUCUGACCGAGCGAGAAGAGGAACUGGGAGAUGGCGCUUCUGGAGCCGCGUGGUGGGCAGCAGACCGCCUCCAGGGCCAAGACCAUGCCAAGCCGAGCACCCAGGACAGGCUCAUGGAACAACUCACCCUCCUAUGUGCCAUGCAGUCCAGAGCCUUUUCCUCUGCCUGGAGGGUGCCUUCUGACAUGCCCCAGGACAUCAAGCCACAGGAGGCCGGAAGCAGGGAAACUGAGGCUCAGAGAGGUUGCCUUGCCCAGGACAUAAGUGGCAGAGCACACAGUGGUCACCGGGAAGUGACUCAGCCGCCCGGCUCCUCUCACCCCAGAUGUGCUUCCAGGGAGCUGGGCUUCCAGGCGCUGGCCAUGGACACGUGGCUAAGGAGCCCAGCAGGGCCUCCUACCGUCUUCAUUGACCUGCGGCCGACAAAGCCAUCAGACCAUGGGCCCUCGGAAAGCUGCAGCUCCAGCUCCAGCUCCAGCUCCUCUGACAGCGAGGAGGGGGAAGAGGAGACAGCAGCUCGGCGAGACCAGCAGGGCCCAGCCAGGCUACGGGACUGCACGGGGAAGAGUCAGCUCCUCCAACAGCUCCGGGCAUUUCAGAAGGCAUCGGCUCAGCCCAAGCUGCCAGCUGGCAAGGGUCCCAGAAGCCAGAAGGCUCAGGCCCCUGGAGAUACGGCUGGAUCCAGCCCUGGGGGGAAGCAACAUGUAACACUCUGGGCUGAGAGACAGAGUGCCCAGGCCAGACCCCCAGGAGGAAGUCCCAGGGCCCUGGGGGACCCUCUUGGGCCAGGGACAGCCAGGGAGGCCCUGGUGCCUCCUCUGGGCCAAUUGUAGAUGCCUCCAGUAACGGAUCUGAAAAGGUGAAUAAUCUGAGGUGAAUAAAUGGAUAAUCUGACUUUCCAUCGACACCCGAGGCCCUGGUGGUCCCUUUGCUCUCCCGUCUCCAUCAGAAUGUGCCUUUGCAGCACAGGGACCCUCCAACUGAGGAUCUGCUGCCAGC